GUGCUGACAACUCCUUCCAUUCAUCCAAAGGUUUUGGGGGAAGACUGGAAUCGCACAUCUGAACACGCGGCUCCAGGUAACGCAGAUGACCUUCGCACACACCUUGGGCCCACAGAGAAUGCUCUGGCCAAUUUCUCUGGCUCUUUUGGCCUCUUGCGUGCAGACGGCCAUGGGAGCGGAUGGAGGCUUGAAGGUCCAAGUGACCCAGAAGGGGUUGAAUUAUGCAAAGGAACUUGGAAUCGAGAUAUUGAAGUUAGAGCUGAAGAAGGAAACGUUCCACAACAUAAAUGGUUCUUACACUGUCCCGCUUGCUGGGAAAGUGCAGUAUUCUGUAUCUGGGAUCCAGGUCACCGAAUUCCAGGUGAACCAGGCAGGCGCCGAGUUUGCUCCUGGGACGGGUGUCAACCUCUCCGUCCAAGAUGCCAAAGUCUUGAUGAGCGGUAACUGGAAGUUGGCAUCCUUUUUAGGAGAUGACAGUGGCACUAUUGACAUCAGCAUCGACCGGCUCACCAUCUCUAUGGUCAUGGGAGUGGACAGGGGCGAUGAAGGACGGCUUCGGGUGUGGUAUGAAAGCUGCCGUUCUGCCAUGGGGGACUUCAGGUUGACAUUCUACGGGGGAACCAGCUGGCUGUACAACAUUGCAGCGUCUGCUCUUAAGGACAUGCUGAAAUCAGAAGUCAAUCAACAACUGUGUUCGGAGGUCAAGAAAGGAAUCGGCAAGAUUGCGGAAAUCCUGAAAACCAUGAAUGUCUCAGUCCAGUUGGACCCCAUUGCAGGGAUAGACUAUUCCUUGGUGGAAAGGCCCGUGAUUGAUGUGGAUCGAUGCAAUGUGGACCUGAAGGGUCAGUUCUUCACGGUGGGAAAGACCCUCCACGGCGGCCCCUUCCAGCCUGCCCCCUUCCUCUUACCCAACCAGUCAGACUCCAUGGUCCUCCUGGGCAUCUCUGAACUCGUCGCCAACUCAGCUGCCUUUGUGUACUACACGGCAGGGGCGCUCAGGGUGAACUACACAGAUGCUAUGGUCCCCAAAACGUUGCCUUUGCGUCUGAACACCAAGAAUGUGGGGAUAUUUGUACCAGAGCUGAACGAGCGCUUUCCAAAUAUGCCCAUGGAGUUCCACCUGGCUGCCCAAAAGGAACCUGAGCUACGCUUCCAGCCCACUGGGGUGGAGGUCACACUCUUUGGAUCUGCAGAGGCCUUUGUCAUCCUCCCGAAUGCCAGCCUGGCCUCCGUGUUCCUGCUGAAUAUUGACGCCAACCUCACCGUGCAACCCCUUCUUCAGCCAGGGAAGUCUGGGAAGACCCUUGGCUAUGCUGGGGCUUUUGUGGCCCUGAAAAAGUUGCGCCUGUCUAAGGAAUGGUCCAAGGUUGGCGAGAUCAGGGUGACCGUUUUGGAGACGCUGCUGAAGGCGGCCAGCAACUUGGGGAUGUCAAGGCUCAACAAACGGCUGAAGGAAGCGAUUGCUCUUCCAAACAUGUACGGCUCCAGUUUACUGAACCCCACCGUCAUGAUGAACAAGGGACACAUGUUCAUCGCCACUGACCUGGUCCACCAGCCCCAGGCUGCUGCAUAGCCGCGAGGGGCAUCCAGAAGGAAGAGGGAAGGCAGCUGCCCCCUGCUCCUGCCUCUGGGUUUUUCCCAAGAUACUCACCUUGCAUGCUCGGGAGUCAUUUGAGGCAGUGAUCAAGGACAAUGGGGGGACCUUGGGCCUUUCCUGGGGAAGUCAGGUUUGGGCAGAGAUGGGACAGUUCAGAGCCAGCCCAAAACAUUUUGCUGCCUGAAGCCCAAGGACAAGAUGUCAUCGCCCUCCAGCUCCACGCCUAAAAGCCAACAGGACCGAAAGUUGCACCUUCCUUCAAUUCAGAGACUGAGAUGCUGCCUUCUGCCCCACCUGAGGAGAGCAGGCUAGCUUAAGGAAAUGCAGAACAGAGCCCGCUUCAUGCACAGCUGCCACCCACCGCUUGGUGCAAAGGAAAAAUAGUGUUACAGAAGCUGGGUACCAACCCCACCUUCUGCAGAGCGAUAGCAAGAUUCCAGGGCGUUCCAGGCAUUCGCCCUGGGUCUGUGCUCCUUUGGAAAAUUGAAGACGCAAUGGAGACUGCCAUAGCUUUAAGAAAUAUGGUUUAUUCACAUAUUGACACAUUCAGUCUGCCCGGAGGGAGUCCAGAUCUUACAGCAUGGACAUUUCAAGAGGGGCUUGUCCCCCCCCCCCACUGCAUUGCAACACUUGAGUCAAAAGCAUCUUUCCCAGCCAGCCUUCAGCCAGCCUGCCCAAGAUGGAUUUCUCCCUUUUCUCUCUCCCCUCUUCUUCCCAGCACACCUUGCUCUAAAGACUCUCUUUUCCUGACACUUCACACCCAGUUAUCAAGGCAACCUUCUGUCUCUCCAGGCCCAAGAUUUCCUAGAUGGGCCAUCAACACCCUUUGUCCAGUUAAUGCCUCUAUCCCAGGUGAGUCCCUGGGUUGGAAAGGAAGCCUGUCUUUUUCCACUGGCCUGUAAUCUUCCCUUCAAUACUCCAAAUAAUCAAAAUCCUACACUUUCUUAAUUUCCAGGGUUUAGGAGGGCCCUCUAUCUAUCUAUCUAUCUAUCUAUCUAUCUAUCUAUCAUCUAUCUAUCUAUCUAUUUAUCUAUCUAUCCACUGGUACCGGUACCUUGGUUUAAGAACAGCUUAGUUUAUGAACAACUUGGAUUAAGAGCGCUGCAAACGCGGAAGUAGGCGCUUUGGUUUGUGAACUUUGCCUUGGAAUAAGAACAUGUUUUGCUUCCUGUUGAAUGUGCUCCAUUUGCAAAUUGAGUCCCCCACUGCUAUGGGAAAGCAUGCCUCGGUUUAAGAACGCUUUGGUUUCAGAACGGACUUCCAGAACGGAUUAAGUUCGUAAACCAAGGUACCACUGUACACACACACACACACACACACACACACACACACACACACAUUUGGGACAAGAAUCUGAGCAGAGUUUAAAACCACAAAACCAAGGAUGUUAGACGUUUCAAGUGAGUUCCAAAAAAAUUCCCUUUUAACAGUUUAAAAGUUUCCUUCUUCCCCUAGCAUAGGUAAAAGAGCACAUGUUUGGUAAGUUAAACAUUGGUUGACUUACAGACUUUUCAAAGGUUAGGUUCAUGGGCUUCAUUUUGCACAGGCAGUAAAACUUAGUUUAGUUGGAAAGUGGUAAAAGUUCCUAGAUUACUGGUAUUAUAGGAACUCAAGAGAGGCUUGUUAAAGCCAUGUGGCUGCAAGGAGCAGCUCAGAGCUCCUCACACUCCAAAGUUCACAUGCAGACUGGGGGCGAACAAAGACUUGAUUUCCUAGUUACUCCCAAGGUGAGGGAAAGCGGACUUAGCUAACCCUGGCCGGACAGCUUACUCUAUGGUAUUAACCCCUUCAUGUUGGAUGUCUGAGACUGGCUAUCCCACAAUUGUCAUCCUUCAGGAGCUGCUGCCUAACAGUAGGACUGGAUUUGGUACAGAAAUUGAUCUUACCAAGGAAGGAGAGGUUCCUCUUGGCUCAUCUGUUGCUAGGAAAUGGCAGCCGCUCACCUCCACCUGCCCCCCUGGUGCCCCCUUGCCUCUUAGCACCCGCCUCCAGUAAUCCCACAACGGCUUUUGGAAACCACUGGGGAAAUUCUACUCGUGGCACCAUGCCCUACAGAAUAUCACAGUGUGGGGUAGCCUGAAAAAUUGGCAUUUCCCACCACUUCUCCUGUGCCGUGAAUGCCCUUAACCUUUGCCGUGCAUGAAGCACAACCAUCCACCAGCUGUUUCAAGCCUACAGCUUUUGCCCAGGCUUUCCCCGACCUAUAAGAUCAUUGCCCUGUUAAUACCGAGUUCCUUUUUAAAGUUUGUUUUUAUAAGACUGCUUUUACUGGUUUCCAUGUUGUGUACCUGCUUUUAUGAUGCUGGUUUUUUUUGUUUUUGCAUGUUGCUUUUGUAUCUGGCUUAGAUAUUUUUAAUAACAAGUGGUUUCGAAAUGCCAAUGAAGAAAUAAAUAAGAUUUCUCUGACCCCUUCCUCAAGCCACCAGAAAUAAAACAACAUUAGAACUAGUUGCUGGCAUCUGUCUGUCUUGGGAGGCAAUGGGAGAGUGCUUCUUUUUGGGGCAAUGUCAAACUGCUGGAGGGUCACAGCGCCUGCUGUGGCUGUAGAAACUGAAAUGGGAGAGAUGUGCUUUACUGCAGGUGGCGCAUGCGCAAUACAUGCACUUUGGUGUUUCUUCUCUCUGCAACUAAUUUUGAGGUGACCGAUAGAGUCUACUUGCUACAGCAUUCUACCUCCCCACCCAGCGCUGAAUGCUAUCCAUGUGCUUAUUUAAAACAUUUUAUCCCACUCUCAAAUGGUUCCCAUAUACAGGUUUACAUGUUGUUGUUGUUGUUUAGUCAUUUAGUCGUGUCCGACUCUUCGCGACCCCAUGGACCAUAGCACGCC